AUGAAUAAUUUGAAUUUUCUUCGUGAAGAACCACCAUUAAAUUGGCUAGAUUAUUUUGUUGAUCGAAAGAAAUUUGGAAAAUUUUUAGAAGCUGAAAGAUCAGAUUCCAAGCAGCUAUCUGCAUUGGCAAAUCAGUUCACAGAUCAGGCUGUGUCAAUUGAUAAAGAAUGUGAUAUGUUGAUACGAAAAGAAUACGACGAAGAAGAUCUAGCAUAUAACCGAUGUAAAUCAUCUCAGUUAUGGAUCUGUGCUUUAUCAUGUUUUGCAUCAGUCAACUGGAAUCUUGACCUUAUGAAGCAGUGUUGUAAUAUUAUAUCCAUGAAAGCUCUUAUGAAUCGAUUGGUAGCAUUUUGUUAUCCGACGAAAACUAUAAAUUCGAAUGAAGACGUAUUAUCGGUGUUGAUAGAAAUUCAUACAGCAUCAAAAAUUGAAUUUGAGAAGCCCGAGCAACUUUUUGCAUGUUGGUUAUAUGCUACAUGGUUACUUAAAGUAGAUGUUGAUGGUCGCUUUCCUGAAACUGUUGCAAAACCAACUGUUAGCAAUCCGCUAAAUCAAUUUGAUGCGAAUCUUAUGCAAGCGGAACAAUUCAAAAAUUGUAUUACUGAUUUACGAAGAAGUGCUGAAGGUGCAGAAAAGCUUUUGAAAAGAAUGUUAGAAAGUAGUCGCAAAGUACAUAUGGUUGUACCUACAAAAGAAUGCUUUUUGGAAGCUUUAUCAAAGGAACCAAAUUUAUCCACUGAUAAUAUUUUAAAUUUUGGUAACAUGCGAAUCGCUUCGGUUCCAGUCCUUAAUUUUCAAACAAAUAACAGACGAUUAGAUUACAAUUUUUGGACAAUGACGGUUUUAUAUUCAUUAAUGUGCAAUCAUUUCGCUGCCGGUAAAGUACAAGAAGUAAGAAAUAACUUAGAAAAGAUUGUAAAAAAUUGGCCAAAAUAUAAGAAAUUUCAUAUGGAUAAUGUUGUGUUUGGAAUAAAUGAAAAUGAUUUAGCCGGUUACUGUGACGCUUAUGGCAUCACAUAUUCAUAUUGUUUUUCUGUUCCACGUUCUCAAAAUGAAUUAAUGUUUGGAACAAUCAAUGAAAAGACAUUAGAUAUUUUGGAUAGUUAUUCAUUGGUACAUCGAUUGGAAUGUCAAAGGAUUGCUUGUACAUCAGAGUCUGCCCUCGUAAAUGAUAUUUUAGCUGAAAAUAUUAUUUCGGAAUAUUGCAAUGGUUUUCCGGCUACUUUAAGCACAUUAACGAAAUUGGCAGCAAACAAACCAGUUAUUUCUCGUUUGAUUACGACUUGUUUGCGUUUGGUGAAAAGAAAUUCACAAGCACAGCUAAUAAAGGAAGUGACACAGUUUUUAUCUACAAAAAUACCGAAUUUUGUGGAAGAAUUUAAAAAUGUGAAUCCUGAUUGUGAAUACCUUAGAUAUCUCAGAGACAUUUCGCGACAGCCAGUACAUCCUUUGCCAAACGUUGCUGCCAUUAAAGAGUUUUUAAAUGGUGGUACAGAUGUUUGGCGUUUGAUUAUUUCGUUUGAUAUGAAUGAAAUAAAAUCCUUAUUUGCAAAAAUGACUGGAAAAAUGACUGUUCCUCGUCGUUUUCGAAUUAGCAGAAUGAUUGGUGAUGUUAUGUCAGCAGCUGCUUCACAAGGAAAUUUUGAACACAUAAAUCUAAUGUUAGGCAAAUUAGAGCAACUAGCAGUUAUUGGGGAUGGAACACAAUGGCGUACAUUUUGCAAUGAAUGUGUGAAAGAAAUGGGACCAUUAGGAAAAAUUCAGGAAAUACAAGUGCGAUUUGCUUUUGAUGCUGUUCGAGUUCAGUUAGAAUGUUGGCAUGCGCGAUUUUCGAGAGUAUCGAGUAAUCCUCAGUUUGUUCACGUUACUCAAACACUGAAUUCAACAGUGAAAGCAUUAAUACAGUCAUCCAUGACGAGUCCCGUAACAAUGGGAAAAAUGAUGCUUCAUACAGUGACAUUUUUUAUCAAUACUAGCGAAUGGGAUUUUUUGUUGCGUUCUUUUGUUAAAUUGAAAAGUCCAUUCUUGGAUGCAGCUAAAAUGAUCGCUGCUUAUAUGACAAGUAAUGAUCCAACAGUUGCUCGUCAAAUUGUCGAAGGUCCCUGGUGGCAUGUUAUGAAUUCAACUUUUCAGGAUCUUUCAUCGAAUAGUAAAAGACGAAAUGAUGGAUCAUUAGUGCGUGAGCAAACGAAGCAGCUUCUGACAAGAGUACAAUUUUUGGAUAUGUUACGACUCAUCAAAGAAUAUCGAACUAUAUCCUUCCUGAUUAGCUUUCUUGGUAAAAUGUUUGGUGCAGCUAAAAAUGUGGUAAAAAUGAGGAAAGAAUGUGAUGGACAAGAAAUGAAUAAAGAUAUAUUUAUUGAACAUCCUGACUACUGGCAGUCUAAUUUUGAAAAAAAAGGAACUGAUGAUGAAUUUUGCUUCAAUUUACCUUUUUUAACAGAAUGUCUUGAUACGGUAUUCAAGAAUGCACUAAUUGUCAAUCCGAUAAAUGCAUUCUGGUUGCGAUCCUAUGCUGAUUUUUGCUAUGCUUGCGAUAAAUUUGCUGAUGCUUUGGUUCUUUAUAUGGAGGCAUGUGUAGCUUGCAGUGAUUCAUUGAUGAGACCUCUUCCUGAUAAUGUUGUUGAUGAUACGAUGUGGCUCAAAGUUCAGCGAUGUUUACGAAUGAAUGGCGCUGAAACUCUGAGUACCUUAAUUUGUCAACUUAUGCGUAAUCCUGUCGAACGUUACGUUCCAACAGCAUCUUCUUUACUGGAAACUCAGGGUGAUACACUGGAUGCUUGUACAGCCUAUUUUCCACUUAUAAGUGAUAUCAAUUUGGCUGAAUUCAUGAGUGAUGUAUACGAAAAGCUUCAUCUUCAUAAAAAAGAGCAACUGCUGUUACGAGCAAUUUCAGUACCAGAGAUAAAUUCUCACAAUAUGAGCCAACUUGAAAAAUUUCGAAGACGUGAACGAUUUUUACUUGUUCUUUGUGCUUAUGUAUUCAGGAUACAUUGUUGA